AUUCCAACCACCUCAGCAUUAGUGGCCUUCUCCUCACCUUGAUUCCCUGUAAACACUCAUACCUCUGGUGGCCAUCGCUUGCCGUAGUUCCACAAGCCGUUACAAUGAGUGUUCCUGGGAGCAGCGUGAAAGGGUUCGAGAAAGAGUCGAUGCUGGAGAUUCUGCGGCAUGUGCCAGCUCCUGUUGUGAUCAUCACGGCUGCCUAUGGAGAGCAAGACAAUGAUGACCUUCAAGUCAGGGGAAUGACUUGCAGCAGCUUUACAAGCGUCUCGCUGGAUCCACCGUACGUGUCAGUCUGUUUGCGCAAGAACUCUCUCAUGAUGAAGGUCUUGGAGAAGGCGAGCGGAUUCGGGGUUCAUCUGCUCAAUGAGGAGAACAAGCAAAAGGCCACGGAUUUUGCCAAGCCGCACGAUACCGGCAAGGUUCCUUUCAACGAGACGGCAGGUCCGUGGUCGUUGUUAUCUCUGGACAAGUACAUGUCGGAAAUCCCGCCCAAUGCUCCUGAAGGCGAGGAGGAUGAGGACAAGGUGAAGGCAGUGCCGAUCAUGGAAGAGUGUAUGGCGGCUUUGGUGUGCUAUCGGAAGGCAGCGUUCGACGCCGGUGAUCACAUCUUACUGCUGGGUCAGGUUGUUGCAACAAGUCACCAUGAUUUCCAUCCACUCAUUUAUAUGAACCGCCACUACCACCAGCUUGGUCAUGAGGUGUAAGGUUUUUUGUGUUUUGCGGCCGAGGUUUUUUCACGAACAGAUUUGUGGUAGCUCCAGGAAGUUGUAUAUCCACCAUGUGAUAAUCUAUGGUUGAUACUCAUUAUCCACCCAUGUGAAGAUCUACAUUCGAGAUGCUCAAACUGU